UGUGUGCUCCUUUGGCCGCCUUGGUUACCGCGUUCUCCGCCCCCUUCUACGUCAUCGCUCUGAGCCCGCCAUCCGCGGCCCGCGCGGGCGCCGCCCGAGAUUCUGGGACCACGGUUGCCGCCCCCUCAGAAGCCACCAUGUUGGUGAUACCCCCCGGACUGAGUGAGGAGGAGGAGGCUCUGCAGAAGAAAUUCAACAAACUCAAGAAAAAGAAAAAGGCAUUGCUGGCUCUGAAGAAGCAAAGUAGCAGCAGCACAGCCAGCCAAGGCGGUGUCAAACGCUCAUUAUCCGAGCAGCCUGUGGUGGACACAGCCACAGCAACAGAGCAAGCAAAGCAGCUAGUGAAAUCAGGAGCCAUCAGUGCCAUCAAGGCUGAGACCAAGAACUCGGGCUUCAAACGCUCUCGAACCCUAGAGGGGAAGUUAAAGGACCCUGAGAAGGGGCCAGUCCCCACUUUCCAGCCGUUCCAGAGGAGCGUGUCUGCCGAUGACGAUCUGCAGGAGUCAUCCAGACGUCCCCAGAGGAAGUCUCUGUAUGAGAGCUUUGUGUCUUCCAGCGACCGGCUUCGGGAACUGGGGCCAGAUGGGGAAGAGUCCGAGGGGCCAGGGGCUGGUGAUGGCCCCCCUCGGAGCUUUGACUGGGGCUAUGAAGAGCGCGGUGGUGCCCGCUCCUCAGCUUCCCCUCCCCGGAGCCGCAGCCGGGAACAUAGUCACGAGCGGAACCGGGACAGAGACAGAGAGCGGGAGCGGGAUCGAGACAGAGAGCGGGAUCGAGACAGAGAUCGAGACCGAGAGCGAGACAGGGAUCGAGAUCGGGACCGGGACCGAGAUCGGGAACGAGACAGGGAUCGGGAUCGAGACAGAGAGGGCCCUUUCCGCAGGUCAGACUCGUUCCCUGAACGCCGGGCCCCUCGGAAGGGGAAUACUCUCUAUGUGUAUGGAGAAGACAUGACACCCACCCUCCUCCGUGGGGCCUUCUCUCCCUUUGGAAACAUCAUCGACCUCUCCAUGGACCCACCCAGAAACUGUGCCUUCGUCACCUAUGAAAAGAUGGAGUCAGCAGAUCAGGCCGUUGCUGAGCUUAAUGGGACCCAGGUGGAGUCCGUACAGCUCAAAGUCAACAUUGCCCGCAAACAACCCAUGCUCGACGCCGCCACUGGCAAGUCUGUUUGGGGCUCCCUUGCUGUCCAGAACAGCCCUAAGGGUUGCCACCGGGACAAGAGGACCCAGAUUGUCUACAGUGAUGAUGUCUACAAGGAGAACCUUGUGGAUGGCUUCUAGGGAGCGGAGCUGGAUUUCUUGUGCCUCAUAUGCCCCCAAUGCCGGUCUCAGUAAAACACUGAGGUGGACGCUCCCUCAGCCUCUGGUUUUUCAGCACUUGGGAUGGGGGAUUAGCCUUUAAAAACGGCUGUCAGAUUUCAUUUCAGUUCUAACAACGCAGCUAGUGCACAUUCCCCACUCCCUGGCCCCAAAAGGAUCUGGAACACAGGCAUUGUCACAGCUGUUUUAAUUGGACCCCAUGCCCCUUUCCAGCAGGAAAUUCCUUAUAGAAAACCCAGAUUCUCUUCUUUGAGUUUCUCCUUGAGCCAGGGCAGCACUUGGAAGAGGUUGAUGUGAAAGUCUCGGGCGUGAGCAGGUACCUGCCAUUUCUGGCUUGCUUUGUGGUCUUUGCAGACAUCCACUAUACCCCAGCUGAUCACACCAACCUGGAGAGAGUGGGGAAGGGGGUGCCAUGGAUUAUUUGGUAGCAUUCCUUCCAAACCCAGAAAGCAUGGCUAUUCCUGAGUACACCUGAGCUGACCUAAAAGAAUUAGACUAGGAGAACAGCUUAGUCCUGUCCUCCCUGACACAUACAGGCCAGACCCAUGGCCCCAAAGCAGCCAGUCCAAAGACUGGUCUUCAGGUGAGACAGGCACUGGCCUCCCCACCUCCCACCAGCUCCAAGUAUUGACCCUCCCUGUUUUGGGGCCUAUGAUGACCACUUGGCAUCUCCCCACAGAUAAGAGAGGGAAACUCACUUGAAUGAAGCGACUUUUCUUGUGAAUAAUCAGGGGGCCACCGGAAUCACCUGCAGGGGAAGAGAUGCUGUAGGAAAAAGGACUCUUGGGCCUCAGGAACUUAUAGCAUAACCAAAGAGCCUUCUCUCACCUUUGCAAGUAUUAGGGUCAGCAUAGGGGUCCACCCCUCCAGUGCAAAGGAACCUCGGAGUGACCACCUGAGAGAUGUCCUUGACUGUUUCAUAACCUUUGGCAUUUCGAGCAUCUCUCUCACAGCUGGCUUUCUGUAGGUGAGGUGGGAAGGAUGGAGGAGAGAGGUGAUAAGCAGCUGGGCUUAGGGAGGAUUGGGGCCUAGAAGACCUCCUCGUUAGAAUCCCAUACUCCUCACCUUAUCUCCAUUCUUGAUGUACACCUCCUUCCGAACCAGCAUCUUCUUCUCCUCAGACACAAACAGAGCUUUGACAUCCUUCGCAGGGAGCAGCUCUUCCUCUGGACAAGUGAACGCUCUGGGUCACUCCAAGCCCCCUCCCCCACCAUUUCCACAUUGCUUUUGUCACUCAGCAGAAGUCCCUCAAGAAGUUCUCCUUAUAAGCUAGAGACAGGCUGGACACCAGCCGCUCCUACUGCAGCUCCUUUGUGCCCCCCUCAUCUCUCAUCAUCUCAUCUUUGUGCCCCUCUCUCUGAACAUGUCUUACUGUGUUGCUGGCACGUGGCUAACAAGGGGAGCCUCAGAGCUCGAGUUGUUCCCUCGGUGCAGGGCAGACAGAUGGGCCUGUUAAGGAGAGAUGGUGAAACUCGGGCUGCUGGCCCAGGCCGUGGUCCUGCAGCCCCACCUUUCCCAGCCUUUUCUUCAUAGGAAUCCUGAUGCUGUCACCUGAGAAUCUGGCUGUACGUCAGCUUCUUCUUGAGUUUGAUCAGGACCACAUCGUAGUCAUAAAAUUCAGGAAUUCCUUCUGCUUUUUUUCCAUUGAUGUUGUAGUUUGGGUGAAAUAGGACUUCCUCUAUUUCCCGUUCCUGCCACUUUACAGUUCCUCCUGGUAGGAGGAGAGUGGGUACCCCUGAAUCACCCAUGUCUCUGUGGGUAUUCUCCUGUCUCUGGCCCCAUCUCAUCCCUGACUUCAAGUCUUCCCCACCCCUGGCUGUUCUAGGGUACAAGGGAAGGGGCGGCAUUAAGGGUGGGUGGAGUGUGAGAUGUUGAGAGCAUGGCUGGAGCUCAGGCUCCAUUCACUGCAUCCUUACCUGCAUCCUUACCUGCAUCCUUAGCCACGCUGACCUUGAUGGAGUGUACCUCGUCUUCCACAGUGAAGCAGUGUGCUGCUGUCAGCACAAAGUACUCAGACACCACGGCCCCCAUACAGUGCUCAAAUCCCUUCCCAGGGCGCUGGGAACAACAAUGGAGGGGGAAAGCUCAACAUCCAUAAACACCACACUAAGAACAUUAUGCCCUGUGCCUUCCCUUAUCUUACCCCCAUUUCAUCCUGACCUCACCUCCCACAAGCCCCCACACUAGGAUGCUGUGCUUACAGUGAUGGAGAUCUUGACAUGCCACGGUUGCUUGUGGAAGUCAGUACCUUCCCUGUGCUCCCAGACCAUGCCACAGAGACCCAGAGACUGACUUUCAUCUGGCAGAAAAGGAGAACAUGCUGAAAGUGGGGACACUUCAUUCCCAGUAUCAGCAACCUUUUGGGUAGGGACACGUUUAUUUCUGUGGGGAGGAAACCCAGGGACAUUUGUUUCUUCACAUUAGGAGGCAAGGAACUGCUGCGGUUUGAAAAGAACUUGGGACUAAGAGAUCAGUGGCCUGGCUGUUACCAGGCCUAACUCUUGCUAGCUUUCUGUCCCUUGACCUCUUGGCCUCACCUUCCACAUCUGUCUAAUGAGGGACUUGAGAAAGAUCUCUGAAGUUGCCCAGAGGUCUGAUUCCAUCAUCAAGAAGUGGGAGAGUGCCAGAAAACAAGAAUAGUGACUCUGAGGGAGGGAAUGAUGAGAAAGGCCUUCUAGACUGCUAGGGGCAGAGGAGGAAUGAGUGGCCUCAGGACCUGGAGAGAGCUGAGUUUCCUGAUAGUAUUAUGCCCUUCUAGUAUCUUCCUACCAAUCAUUUGGUAGAAAACAUCCUCCAGGUGUUCCAUGUCCUUGACUUUGAACACAUGCUGCUCUUUAUCCUUCUUGGAAGCCAGAGCGUUGAUGUUUCCUUGGUCCACCAGGGGCCCGAUCCCAAACACAUAGACAUCUGAGGGAGGAAGAAAACCAGAAAAAGAAAAAAACCAAACCCAUUGCCAUCGAGUCAAUUCCAACUCAUAGCGACCCCAUAGGAUAGAGUAGAACUGUCCCACAGAAUUUCCAAAGAGCACCUGAUGAAUUCGAACUGCCGACCUUUUGGGUAGCAGCCGAACUCUUAACCAUUAUGCAACCAGGGUAGGAGGGUAAGGAAUAAAUGAAAUAAUGCAUAUAGGGCAACAGAAUGGGUGAAGGCAAGACCCUGGGGGGCAGGAGCUGAGGAAGCAGGGUGCUGGAUUCUGGACAGGUCACUCACCCAGAUAAUCCUCCCUUGGGUUUUUUCGGUCCCUGCCAAUGUCCAGUAAGCUCCGGAUCUCACCAAUAACGGGGACUGGGUCCCCUCCCAUGUUGUGCAAGCCUGAAGAAGAGAUGGGGACCAUGGGGGUGGGAGGUGAGGAAGAAAGAGAGUCAAGGGAGACUAAUUGGCUAUAGGCAGUGACAUGCAUGGCUGGGUGGGUUGGGCAGAGGAUGGAAGUGACGGAUCACAGAGGGGUUUGGGGAGAAGAGACCUUUCUUAUAAGGGGUCACAGGAGAGCUCAACAACUAGAUAUAAGUAGUAUCCAGGGCACCAACCAUGAUUCUAGUGUAGGGCCGUGAGCAUACGAACUUAAGGACCACAUACUGGAGUCAGAAAGUGGGGAGUCUAGGGCAGGAGAGAGGUUCCACCUAACCGUCAGUCAUGAGGAUGAUGACAUGGCGGGUGCGGUUCCAGCCUACAGGAGGGGUAUCCCCUGGCCAGCUCAUCAUGGUGUAUACUGCCUGGAGGGCCUUCUUGGUGUUGGUCCCUGUCUUCAACUUGUGAUCUGUGGAGAGGGAAGAGGUCACCACCUCACUUGGUCUUCCAAUUGCUCCUCGAACCCCAGAGGCCUAGGAGUCCCUGGGAUCCCACGUCUUUCAACUUUUUAAGUUUAUUGCCACCCCCACUGACUUCCUUUGACCAUAAAGUGGUUCUCUCAGCCCCUAAGAGAUUCCCACUAGCUCCCAUUCCCCCGCUUACCCUGCUGUCCUUUUGACUACAAAGUGGUCCUCCCUGCCCUCCCCACAUGGGCACACUACCCAUCUGCGCCACACCACUGAGCCCCCUGACCUCUCUGACCCCAAAGUGAACCUCCCACGAUUCUUAUCCAUAAUGUCUGACCGUCAUAGCUGAUUUUGUUGAGCUGCUCCGUGACCCAGUCUGCAUUACUGCUCCUUGGAUCAGACACUCUGACCAAAAUAUUGGGGUCUGUGGCAUAUGUCACUAGAGCGUAUUUUGGCUUCACCCCAUAACUUGCCACCUGUGGGUGAAGGUAGCAAGGGGUCAUCGACAUUGAAAUGAAAAUGCUAUGAUUGGGAGAAAGCAACUUAGCUGGAACAGGGAAGGUCAUAGGAAGAGGCUCAAGGACUGGCUGGUCACCCUGAGGUUCACAGAGGAGUCUGUGUUAAAGGUCAAGAAACUGCUUCAAAUAAAGGAGGAGGAGGACAGAAUAGCACCUGGGAAUUUUCUGUAGUUCAAAGAGGCUGGGGGCACCAGGGAGCUAGCUCUGGAAGGAUAGUGAGGUCCUUUCAGGGUCACAACUUAGAAAAAAGACCUAGCGAUCUACUUCUGAAAAAUCGGCCACUGAAAACCCUAUGGAGCACAGUUCUCUGACGCACAUGAGUCAAAGUCGACUCGGUGGCAAAUGGUUACUGAUUACAGGGGAGAGAGCGCUCCACCUUUUCGAUGAGGCUGGUGAGACAUCUCUUGGCCCCUGUGAAGUUGCUGGCUCCAAUGCUGUCUGAUCCAUCCAGCACCAGGUAGAUGUUCAUGGAGCCCGAGGGAUCCAGGACAAUCUUCCGCUUCUGUUGUUCUCCUAGGUGCCCCCCAGAAAGUGUCAGGCUCAGCAUGCCCAGUUCUCCUGCCCCUUCUCAAUCCUCCCCCAGCUCCCAGCCCUGCCUCCCCUCUCUGCCUUUAAACCUGGGCUGUGCCCAUCCUCGGCAUCAGCUCCUUCUAUGGUCUCUGUGAGGGAAGACAGGAAGGCUUCAGCCACCUCUUGAGGGGUGUCGUACAUGAAGGAAUCUGAGGAGAGGUCAGAAAUCAGGUCAAAUGUCUGGGAAGUUCAGGGACACAGCAACAGGGGAGACAGGGGAUGGUGGGUUUCCAGGGUGGGAAAUGCUCAGAAGUGAGAAAAGCUCUACAGGGAAUUUUGGAAGAAGUAAGGAAGUAGCUGGUUUGAGGUAGGGGGAGAAGAUGGUGCCCUGGCAUGGGGACAUUAGGACAGGAGAACAGAAUCUGACCUAGGGACACAAGUCAAGGGUCACCUUGGCAGGAAGGCUCAGUUCCACUCCAAGAGCCACCUUCCAGGCAUGUUCGCUGCUGGGAACCACGCAGGGUAAGCCCCCGGUUGCAAUAGUAGGUGACCCUGUCUUCAAGGCGAUACUGGCUGCCCACUUUCCUUGUGCCAAUAGGGAUGCCCGGGUUGGGGCAAUACCCCGCUGCAGAAGUGCAAGUCAUGGAGGUGAGGGCCAAAGCCUGAGGCGUGGAGAGCAAGCAUUUGGGUGCUAGUUCUUCAGGCUGGAGGGGUAUGAGGGAGAGGGUAAUGUGGGAGAAAGGGACCCUUCUCACCUCCAUUGUCACAGAUGGUUGUUUGCCCACUCCACCGGCCAGUCACUUGGCAGGUGCGGUUAGCAGAGCCCCGGAGAGUGUAGCCGUCAUAGCAUUGGAAAGAGAUCUGAUCACUCAAAUUGUAGUAGGCGGCCCGGGGCCAGAACUCCCCAUUCUCAAAGUCCUGUGGUCUAGGGCAGCGGAUCGCUUUGGGGAGGGAGGCAAAUAGAAGUCACCGAGACAGAAGGGUUGCCCUUGAGGGUGUCCUUCCUGGUCUCAGGAUCACUGUCACUGAGAAACAGUGCCUUCCUGAUCCAUCAGGAGCAGUGUCAACCCCCCUCUGUCCUUCAGCGCAUGGGGGAUCCAGCUGCUCCUCCAUCCCCACUUCUGAGUGGUCCUUUAACUGUAAGGGUUGCAAUUUGUGCCCCUUCCUUCUCCUUCCUUCCCACCACCCCUAGAACAGCUCCUACUCCUACUCAACUCGUCAGCCUGGCUGGUGUCAACACAGUUCUAAUCCCAUUCAGUCCUGGCCUGGGCCACCCCCUGCUCCAUCCCUCCCCUGGUCCACCCCCACCUUCAUGCCCUCCAACCUCUGCAUUCUGCCUUCUUGACAAUCUUUUCGCCUCGGGCCUGCAGGGCGCUCCAGGACCCCCAGGAUCUGCAGACCCGCGUCUGCACAGGGUAUGGGUAGAAGCCAGAGGGACACACGUACUCCAGCGCCUGGCCCUUCUGAAGAAGUCGGAAGGAGCCCCCUGUGAUCUCUAUCCCCUCCAGGGAGCAGAGGCUUCGGGGCUGGGCCGCAGGCAAUGGAGUUGUGCUCAUAUCUGAAGAGAAAGGAGGAUUUCAUCUGGCCCCCCAAGACCAAGGCCAAGGCUGAGGAGGGUUGCUGGGGCAGCAGAAGGGGGAGUGACCCCCUGGCUUACCUCCAGACAAAAGGCCCAGGACCAAGGGAACCAGGCAGAGUGGGGGGCUGAGAUUUCGCCCCAUGGCAAUGGAAGAUAGGAGAAGAGUAGGCUGGGGCAAGGUGGUCUUUCCUGGCCUGGCCUGUGCUGUCGAUCUGUUUGCUCAGUGUCCAAGCUGAAACUUCAGCCCUGGCCCUGGGCACACUCCCUUCCCUGUCCCCAGCAGCCCCCAGCCUUUUAUGCAAUAUCCCUCUGGCACCUACGGCUUACCCUGCCCGCACCACCCGCUACACUUUCCGGAAUGUCCAAGUGGGAGGGCCCCACUGAGCUGCCAGCAAAGAAAAUAGAAACUGCACACACAAACCCCACCCUUUGCUGCCCAAGCUCCAGAGCUGGCCGGUUGACACCUCCCUCACCCCCUACUCCUCUCCAACAAACCCCGACCACCCCCUGAGAGACCAGAAAUAAGCCCUCCCCGCCCCCUGCCGCCCCCUCCCCUCGCUCUCCCCUGUGGACUGUGUGGACAGGGCAGAGUCCAGGGGCUGUUUGUCCUGCAGGAUCUCUGACCUGCCUUCCCAAAGUUCCUGGAAUCAUCCUGGCCUCCCUUUCCAUCCCCCCUACCCAAGCCUGCCCAGCCCCAAGACAGAGGACAGGAGGAUGUGGAAAUCAUUGACUUUUAUUAAUUUCACAACUGGGAAAUUCCAUGUGAAAGUGAAAGGAGAAGCGAGCCCAUUACACGGGAGGAAGAGAUUUUCACACAGGCCAGGCCGGGAGAACCUGCUGCGAUCCUGGAGGCUGGGAAGCAUAGCUAAGAAUGAGGCUGAGUGACAAGGUCUCUGGGAAGGAAGCUCAGGGGUGGGAGAUGAGAGGGAUGUCAGAUCCUGGCAGGAAGGCCAAGGGGCCAGUGGCCAUGAUUAGAGGGGCAAGAAUUGCAGGACCCCCUGCAGGUGCUGCCUCAGCCAUGGCUGCAGGCGGAAGAGACUGAUGUGGAAGUCCCUUGGUGGUGGCAUUCUACCACGGGGAGCCUUUUUGCGGGAGUUUUUGUCAGAGCUAAUACAGGGGUUGUAGAGGCCCCAGCUCACCAGGCCCACCUG